CCUGACGGCAGGGAGACUAACACAGGACUGGGGAGGACAGAAGGGCGUCCCAAGAUCCAUGGGGUGUGUGCUGAGCAGGUGGUGCUGCCGGGGGGGCCCCGGCACCGUGGAUGAAGGGGAGCCGGCAAAGAUGGGUCACUUUGAUGGCAACUGUGACAAAACCAGGGUGACCAAGAAAAUUGUAUUCAGCCUGAUAUCUAAGGAGACAGCUCCUUGUGCCCCAUCUGUCUGCCUGGACCAGGAUUUGUUUAAGGCUGUGUCCUACACCGAAGAGAGAAGUCUCCACGCCCGCCACAGUGUUCUUCGGGUGAUGGACAGAGUGAUGGAGAGAUGCUAUAACUUCGACCUGACCUACAUCACUGAGAAGAUCAUCUCUGUCUUCUUCCCGCCUGUAAUGGAGGAACAGCAAUACCAGGCCAACCUCAAGGAAGUGUCCGCCAUGCUCAAGUCAAAGCACCAGGACAACUUUGUGAUCUUUAAUCUGUCUGAAAGGCGUCAUGAUAUCACCCACCUUAACCCAAAGGUCCAUGACUUUGCUUGGCCUGACCAACAUGCCCCACAGCUUGACAAAAUCACUGCUAUCUGCAGAGCCAUGGAGGCCUGGCUGACCUCCGACCCUCAGCACGUGGUUGUCUUGCACUGCAAGGGGGACAAAGGCAAAACAGGGGUCAUUGUCGCAGCCUACAUGCAGUACAGCGUCUCAGCUAGGGCUGACCACCUCCUCAGCACAAUAGCCAUGAAGAAGUUCUGUGAGGACAAGUUGUCAUCAUUUCUCCACCCAUCUCAAAACAGGUAUGUCUACUACUUUGGUGGACUCCUCUCUGGGACCAUCAAGUUAAACAGCAGCCCCCUCUUCCUCCACCAAGUCUGCAUUCCCAAUCUGACCGACUUUCAGGCAGGCAGAGGGUAUUUCCCCUUCCUGAAGAUCUAUGAGUCCAUGAAGUUGGUCUAUACCUCAGCAGUCUAUAAUCCACAGAGUUCCACUGCUCAGAGUCUAUGUGUGACUGUCGAACCAGCCCUUCAGCUAAAAGGAGACAUCAUGGUGAAGUGCUAUCACUGGUGCUCACAGGAUGGACGGAAGGACAUGAUUUUUCGACUGCAGUUCCACACCGGCACCAUCCAUGGGACUCAACUGUGGUUCGGCAAAGAUGAGCUGGAUGAAGCCUGUGCUGAUAAUCAGUUUCCCUCGGAUGCUAAAGUAGAAUUUGUCUUCUCUUCUGGACCAGAGAAAUUCAAAGAACAGGAUUACCAGAAGAAUGACCCUAAAAUCACAGUUGAAUAUUCUGCUGGCCCCCUGCUAUGCUGGGACUCCUACAAGAACUUCAAUCUCCGACAUCAGGACAGCAUGGAAGAUAUUUCCCACACUCGUGGACCCAUUGAUGGCAGCCUAUACGCCCAAGUGAAGAAGCGUCGUGGGCCCGGUUUUAGUACCGUGUUUUCCGUUAACGGGAGCCCUGUAGCCCAAGGCGAGCAGAGGCCUAGCCAGCAUUUGCAGAAAGUCCCUACUGAGUACCUCCAAGACCCUCCUUGGCCUCCUGCUCAGGUGGGCAGGAAGGAGCAGGGGUCCCUGGUAGGUAGCCCAAAGGGCAGAAAUGAAAAAGGAACAAAGGAGAGAGAGGACAAGGAGACGGCCAUCCUGGAUGACACCAAGAUUGCUCCCCAAGAGUGUACAGAGGCUGUAAGAGUUAGCUGCUGGUCCCAGAGCUACAAAAAACCUGUGUGCAAGGCCCCAGUGUGCCUGACAAAAGUAUGCUGUCUGGAUCGAUGUGACAGCAGUGUCUUUCGUCCUCUCCCAUCAAUUUCACCUUAUUCCAAAGCCUCCCAGACUCUGCCUACCCCUUACCAGCACCAAAAUGGCCCCUCUCAUCUGUCUCUCCCAUGGCACCCACAUCGCUGUUACUCUGAAUGCUCCCUUCCUCACUUGUAUCCUUACGGAUCUUGUGAUGCCCCUAUAUCCCCGCACGCUCGCACCCUCCCUGCGACCAGCAGGCUGCUCUGUGGAGUGGAGGAAUGCACGCCAUACCAUCAUCAUUCCCAGGGCAACCAGCUUUGCUCCCAUCUAUGCCAAUUACCCAAUCGUUACCUCCAACCAUUUAUAACUGGUGGACCAGUGCUCACCAGGUGCUGCAGCCAGUGGGACAAAUCUGCCCAAGCUUUUGGCUCCAUUCCCAACAAGCAGCUCAAUCAGAGGGAAGUAGUGCAUUGGUGUGGAGAGGCAGAAAUACAUCGGGGCAAUGUACCAAGGGAAGCGUCACAUUUGGAGCAACAAGGAGAUACAAACAUCUAUUGGAACAGGGAGGCAGAACUAUACCAAGGAGCAGGUCGGCAACAGAGUGAGGAAACCACACUGCCAUCUGAGGAGGAAAAAGAUGUAGAGAUACAGAUGGAAAGGGAGGAAACAUUUUGGCAUCAAACAGCAACCGCAUCCCUACUUCUUCGUCACCCUGCUUACCCAGAAUCCUCCUGCUCCCAGUCAAACAGUAGGUCCCAAUCCUACCUCGACAGCAGCAGCAGUGGUUACCAAACUCCCCAGAAACUCUGCCCUAGCUCCCCAUACCAGCCUUCCUCAUCUGAAAGCCAAGGUUACACCUCUGGUUAUCAGUCAGACUCCACGUCCCCUCUGCCCACAUAUUCUGAAAACUCCAUUAUCUCCAGUCAAUACACAGGCCUACCUAGUACCAUCUCUCCACAAUGGGCUUCCCCCGAAAACCAUUCCUCACCUUUCCCUCUUCCUGACAGGCCUGCGCAUGUGCCAGGAGGUGCUGGAUACAGUCUGGGUCACCUCACCCCCAAAGAUGCACAAGCUGCCCCCUCUGCAACUUUACUGGCCUCCAGACCACACAGCCCAGAUCAUACCAGCUGUCCACAUGCUCAGAGCCCUAGCACAGAAUACACACAUCUUGUUAUAGCUGAAGAUAACUUCAUUCCAGGCUUGGCUUCCUACCAAAGCAAGGAAUGUAAAGGCCCAGAAUACCAGACCUCGUCCGUUCAGCUCCAAGAAAUUCGACAUCAGAUCCAAGAUCUAGUGAACUGUGCCCCAGAAAUCCCAGAAUCACACACUUCACAAACAGCAUUAAUAGAUCCUAAUGUAUCACUGAGCCACCGUGAUGCUUGCACAGUCAUUGCACAUGCAAAGUCCUUCGUGGUGAAAGAGAGUCUUGUGGAACCCUCAGUAGAAGUUACAGUAACCAGCCCUCAGCAAACAGACGUCCAAUCUGGCCCAGAAACCACCUGCACAAGUCUGGGACCAGUAAAGACUAUGAGUGACACAGGCCAUGAGACAGAGAGAUGCACAAGAGAGCCUUCAGGCCUUAAUGCCAUGCAAAGACUUUCCCCUGCUUCCCUUCAAACUCCAUCACAGCGAGUUCCCUCCUCCAAACACCAUGCAUCAAUCCGUGGGCCAGGAAAUUCAGGCAAUCUGCAACUCAGUCCUGAGACAGAUGGUGAGGACACCUAUCACAUACCCCGUUCAGUGGAUGGCUGCUCUACCCCAUCUUUUCCGAUGGCGACUAAGUAUUACCCACUGAGCAUCCCAGCAGUUCCCUACACUGGGUACACUGCUGUCACCAUCCCCUCAAGUCAGCCUCAGCUUCCUGAAGACUCUGGUGCAUUUUCUCCAGAGUCACAACAUGAAAGGCUUUCCUGUGUGAGUACUGCCAUGGCUCUUCCAAGCACCCAGACCGCGGUUUGCCCCAACCUCCAUCACACAUCAUUCUCUACCAGUGAAGAAAAAUUGCCACCUUCCACAAAAUCAAACGAAGGGUCCCUUACGUUGGCCGGGGUGACACAGAAGCGGGUCAGUGCCAAGUUCGUCCAGGACAGCUCACAGUUUUGGUACAAGCCUGACAUCUCAAGGGACCAAGCAAUCGCCGCAUUGAAGGGGAUGGAGCCCGGGGCUUUCCUGAUCCGGGACAGUAAUUCCUUCCAAGGAGCUUAUGGCUUGGCACUAAAGGUCGCUACCCUUCCUCCAAAUGCCAACAGUCUUAGCAGCAAAGGUGACCUUCAGGAGCAGCUUGUGAGACACUUCCUGAUUGAGAAGAGCUUGCGGGGUGUGAAGAUCAGGGGCUGUCCAAAUGAGCCCCAUUUUGGGAGCCUCUCCUCGCUGGUGUACCAGCACUCCAUCAUGCCCAUCUCCCUCCCCUGCGUCCUCCGCAUCCCGGAGUCCGACCCAAUUACUGACAUCCAGGACUUGCAUGUUGCCAACAUCGUCUGCACAGCAGCAGAGCUGCUCAAGCAGGGUGCAGCCUGCAGUGUGCUCUACCUAAAUUCAGUAGAGACAGAAUCACUGACAGGUCCUCAGGCGGUCUCCAAAGCUGCCCGCUCCGUCUUGUCUCAAGACCCUCGUCCUUCUGCCAUUAUGGUGCAUUUUAAGGUGUCUGCUCAGGGAAUCACACUCACCGACCGGGAACGCAGGUUGUUUUUCAGGAGACACUACCAUGUCAACAGCGUGACCUUCAGCAGCGUUGACCCACAGGACAGGAGGUGGACCAGCGCUGAUAGACCAAAUGCUAAGAUGUUUGGGUUUGUGGCCAAGAAGCCGGGCGGUGAGUCGGAAAACGUGUGUCACUUGUUUGCGGAGCUCGAGGCUGAGCAGCCGGCCACUGCCAUCGUCAACUUCAUUAACAAAGUGCUGCUGGGGCUGCAUCACAGAUAGUCGCCCUCAAGGGGAAAGGCACAGACAGCUAGAGAGUCGGAAGGUGUGGCCAGUGUCCCCUGGGGCACUGCUUACACAGUAUGGAUCUGCACGAUGGAAAAUGCCAGAAUCUUGUGUCUGUCUCCAUAAACACAGCUGCAGAGUUCUCACAGAGAUCUUUCAACAAACCCAAGUGGGUCGUGAAAAAUUAUUACAUUGCUGUUUUUCACAUGAAGCAGUUCAAAUGAGAUAACAUGAUACAUGUGAAAGCAUAAUAAAUGCAUAAGGAAAUAAGCAGUAACAAAUAAGAUACCAUUGUAAUUUUAGCACUGUGUGUUUGUCUGGGCUUAAUAAUAUGCAAAUUGUUUUGAAGAUGGUUUGAAGAUGCUGAUGACUCUGGAGGUGAAACGACAAUGUAGGUGGAGGAAAAUUAAGUAUGGAAUUGUGGAUGAUUUCAUACAGCCUGAGCUGACCAAAAGUGGUGCUUUGAAUGGAACAAGUUGUAAUAACACAAGUGUGGUUGUUGUGCUUGCAUUAUAACAGGCAACUCAUUCAAUGCCUGAUUGUUACUCUGCCAUUUCUCUACGGUGUAGUCAAGAAAAAUGCAGAUCAUGGAGACUGUACAAUAAUGACUGUAAUGUUAAUAGAAGAAAGGAAAUUGUAAUGAAAUCAUUUCCAGGCAGUGGUAUUCAAACAUUUUCCUCCAUUCUGCUUGCAAUGUGGCCCAUACUUUAUAACACAAACUGGGAGACCUAGCAUGCGGUAGCCUGUUGUGUUUAUAUGUGUCUGGUACUUCCUUAAGUUUAGCCAGAUGCUGGCUCCCCUUGACCACCUAUGAAGAACCUCCAUCUAGGGAAAGGGGACCAGUGGACUCCAGGUGUUAUGGUUCCUCUUAAUUAGCUGCAGAUGUUUGGGCCUCAUGCAGUGGACUAGACCUUCAGGGAAUUUUUCACAAUGCAGGAUAAACAAAAUUAUUUGGAGUUUGCAUGUUCUCCCCAUAUUAUGUGGAUGUCCUCUGGGUACUUCUGUUUCCGGCAAAAGACCAAAGACAUGCAUGCAGACUGACUGACGUAUCUAUAUUGCCCAUAGUGUGGACUGGUAUCCCUUCCAGGGUGUACCGCUGCCUUGUGCCCCUAGCUGCCUGGGAUAGGCUCUAAGCCUGCAUCCCCAAAUUGAGUAAGUGCCCAGAUGGAUGGGCGGAAAUUUCUUGAAUUUAGCUAAACUUGUUAAACUUGGUUAUCAGAUUUUUGAUUUGGCCCACUGUACUAAAAGUGGCACAAUUAAAAGAAAAGCUAAAAUAAAUAAUACAGUAUUAAUAAAGUUGAAUUAUUGGUUUUCUAGUAAUCCAUUGUUGAAUUUCCAUGUAUUUAUAUUUUGUUAGUUAGUCUGUUUUAUAUAGAUUUAAGGUGUUUCAUGUGUUGAUUGUUUUCUGUCAUAGAUUUUUAAAACAUUUUAAAAUAUUGAACAUUUUUAUAUGUGACAGUGUUUUGUAAUAUAUAACAGGAAGUGAAGAAUGCUAUAACAUGCUUUUUAAAAUGAUCAAUAACUAAAAACAAAUAUGCAACAACUUGCAUUAGUGAAGUGACUCUGUUUUUUUAUAUAUAUACAUAUAUUGUUCUUUAACUUUGACUCUGGAUACUAAUGAAAACGAUUCAUAGAAAUGAUGAAUGCAAUAUGCCAAAUGGGUUUAAUUUUAAGGCGUUUACACAUUUAGGGGUUGGAUGCUUUCAUUGUCUGUUGUGAAAUAAAACACAAAUAUGCCUA